GCAAGCUUUGUGCCAGAGGCGACGAGUGCACGCUUGACCCUCCUGUGCGCUUCGGGAGGGCGUCGAGGAGGCCUGGAGGAGGAGGGGGAUGCUGGAGGAGCUUCUUGGUCUUGCUAUCAACUCGGAAGGAAGGUGGAGGGCUCGUUUUUUCGCUCUCUGCGAUUCUUGCCAAGGCUCUCCGGAUUUUUUUUGCCAACUUCUCUGCGUUUGGGUUGUCUUCAUCGGCCUGCAGAGGCGUGAGUCCUCCUCCACCACCACGACCACCUUCUCCUUCUCCUCCUUCUCCUCCUCAUCAUCAUCCUCAUAAGUGUUUGUGCCUACCUGAAAAGCAACAAACAUUUGCAGCAAACUGUUGCACACGACCUCGGGCAAUAAAUUCUUUGACUCC